AUGUCUCGAGUGUGUUUACGUCUAGUGGUUAGCUACUAGGAUGCUCUCAGACUCUGGAGAGAGAAAUGGGUAGAACUAAACGGAAACGACAAAAAAAGAAGGGAUCCAUAUCCAGAAAUGUUAGAGACGCAUCUCCUGAGUGCAUUCGCAAUGCUAGUUGGGCAUCCUCACAUGGACUUCUCACAGCAAACUUAGACGUCUAUAUCUUCCCUGAAACAGGAAGAGGGUUAAGAUGCCGAAGAAAUAUCAAGACAGGGACUUGUCUUGUGUCAGUACCACAUCAUCUUCUCAUCACUGUUGACAAAGCCGUUUCACAUUGCCUCAAACGUUUGUUGAGAGGAGUUGAAAAUCAAUUGAAUCACAUCCAGUUGCUUUGUCUCUUUCUUAUCUAUGAACGAUGCCUUGGAUCAGAUUCCUACUGGUAUCCGUAUAUUGCAAUGCUGCCACACACGUUCACUAUCCCUCCACUUUUGAAUGAAGGUGAGAUGAGUCUCUUGCCAUCUCACUUACAAGAUAGAGCUGAUGGAAUGAAGGUAUCUGUUAUGGAACAGUAUGAUGAUAUGCAGAGGAAAGUAUCGUUUUGUGAUCAACUCAUUCAUCUUGUAACAUUGAAAGAUUUUAAGUGGGCGUGGUCUGUUGUAAACACACGAUCAGUCUAUUUUGGUGAUGAGAAGAGAUGUCAAGGUAUUGCUAGCGGUUCUAUGGCAUUGGCUCCCUAUUUGGACAUACUCAAUCAUUCAGCAACAGCCGAGGUGGAAGCCAAAUAUAGCAAGCUCACAAAACGUUAUGAGAUUUUUACCAAGACUUCAUACAGAAAAGGGGAACAGGUUUUUAUUUCAUACGGUGCACAUAAUAAUGACACUUUGCUACUUGAGUAUGGUUUCAUAUUGAAACACAAUCCACACUCAACUUUUCAAAUGGAUGAAGUGUUGAGGGGCAUAGCUGCUGGUAAUGUGGAGAGGAAGAAUGCAAUUUUGAAAGGAUUGAAUCUCACUUGUGAUCUAUCUUGUACGGUUGACGGACCAUCUUGGAAACUGAUGACAGCAUUGAGGAUUUGGAACAUGAGCAACAGUGAGCUUGUCCACUGGCAAACUGUCCUACAAGGUCACGUGUCAGACAAGAAUGAGCGUCUCUGCACAGAGCAACUCACACUCCACUGCAUCAACCUCCUCUCCACAAUACACAAAGCCAUCACAACGAUAUCAACCCAACCACAUUCAUCUCUACACUCAUCAUGCAUGGCCAUUCAAUUAGAAUACAAACACAUCGUUCAGAAUACAAUCAAUAAACUACAAGCAGUCGUUCUGUAG